UCUACCAUAAAUAUUACGUCAUUUCCUCCUAGCGGCCUCUUUUUCCACCGUACGGUCAGAUUUCCAUACGGCGUUGUUUCGAGCUCUCCCGUCUUAACGUAGCUCAGGGAAAGCGGUCACGAUGUCCGGAGGUCUAGAUGUCCUUCAAAUGAAGGAAGAGGAUGUGCUGAAGUUCCUGGCUGCAGGAACCCAUUUGGGAGGUAUCAACUUGGACUUCCAGAUGGAACAGUACGUCUAUAAGAGAAAAAGUGAUGGUGUGUAUAUCAUCAACUUGAAGAAGACUUGGGAAAAGCUUCUCCUGGCAGCUAGAGCCAUCGUUGCCAUUGAGAACCCAGCAGAUGUGUGUGUCAUCUCCUCCAGGAACACUGGUCAGAGAGCUGUGCUGAAAUUUGCUUCUGCCACUGGAGCCACAACCUUUCAUGGUCGCUUCACUCCUGGUACAUUCACUAAUCAGAUCCAGGCUGCUUUCAGGGAGCCCCGCCUACUGAUCGUGACUGACCCCCGUGCUGACCACCAGCCACUGACUGAGGCUUCCUAUGUCAACAUCCCCACCAUUGCGCUGUGCAACACAGAUUCUCCACUUAGAUAUGUGGACAUUGCCAUACCCUGUAACAAUAAGGGUCACCACUCUGUGGGUCUGAUGUGGUGGAUGUUAGCCAGGGAGGUGCUUAGGAUGAGGGGCACCAUUUCCAGAGAGCACCCGUGGGAGGUCAUGCCUGAUCUCUACUUCUAUAGGGACCCUGAAGAGAUCGAGAAGGAGGAACAGGCCGCAGCUGAGAAGGCUGUUGGGAAGGAGGAGUUCCAGGGUGAAUGGAGCGCCCCGGCAGCUGAGUUUGCUCAGCCUGAGGUAGCCGAUUGGUCAGAAGGAGUGGCUGUGCCAUCUGUGCCCAUCCAGCAGUUCCCAGCAGCUGCUGCACCUGUCAAGCCAGAGGUUUACACAGGUGGCAGAGGACUGGAGCACCCAACCAGCCACUGAGGACUGGUCCACUGCUCCCACUGCUCAGGCAUCUGACUGGGGUGGAACCGCUGCUGACUGGUCUUAAACACCGAAUGCAGACCAUGAAAAUAAAAGGCUUUUGUACAUGUCAA